AUGAACAAUGUACACUCUAUUCCCCUACCCGAGGGACAGGAACUAGCGCCAGGCCCGGUAUGCUACUCAGCCUGUGUAUUCCGUGUUCGCUUUUUCCUCGAGACGGGGGCUGGUGCAUUCAACUCCACGGAGCGGCUACAGGGGUACAAUCGACGACUGGAGAUCACCCAGCACUUUCAUCAUGCACCACCUGAUGCCCUAGUGUUUACUUUCAAGAAGUGUAACAUUACGCACGCACUACGAUGUCGCACCUCGCAACUUGAUCCUGGAUUCUGA